CAGAGCUUCCAAACACCCCCGCGGCUUCUUCCGAUCGCCCGCGCCCACGGUUUCCACCACCCCGUCUCCACCGCCUCACACCACCGCGCCACUUGCACCGGCCGCUUUCCCCGAAGCCCCCAACUGCCCGCGGAGACAUCUAUAUAGCCGCAUGUCCUUCGCUCCGAGGACGAGGAGGUGAUCACCAAUCCAUCGUCAUCCGGGGCUCGACACAGCCGUCAGCCGUUGCGCGCGGAGCUCUUGGUGGGCCGCGAGGAGACCGAUCGAGGAGAGGAAGCAGUAGGAAGAGACGGACAGAGAUCGGGGAGGAAUGGGUGGCGCCGGCGCGCGGUGCGAGCUCUGCGGGGGCACGGCGGCGGUGCACUGCGCCGCGGACUCGGCGUUCCUCUGCCUGCGCUGCGACGCCAAGGUGCACGGCGCCAAUUUCCUGGCGUCCAGGCACCUGAGGCGCCGCCUGGGCAGCGCGCCGCCCGCCCGCUCGCCGGGGUCCUCGGCGUCGUCCGCGUCGAGCAGCAGCUCCUGCGUGUCCACGGCCGACUCCGCCGAGUCGUCGGCCGCCGCGCCCGCGGCGGCGCGGAAGCGGCGGGCGCGCGCGGAGGCGGUGUUGGAAGGGUGGGCCGGGCGGAUGGGCUUCGCGCCGGGGUCAGCCCGCCGGCGCGCGGCCGCGGCCGCUUGCGCGCUCCGGGCGCUGGGCCGGGGCGUGGCCGCCGCCCGCGUCCCGCUCCGCGUCGCGAUGGCCGCGGCGCUCUGGGCCGAGAUCGCGUCCGCCCCCGCCGCGUGCAAGGGAGGGGAGGCCGCGCUGCUCCGGCGGCUGGAGGCCGCGGCGCACGUGCCGGCGAGGCUGGUGCUCACCGGGGCGUCGUGGAUGGCGCGCGCGGCGAGCCACCGCGCGCUGCCGCCCGCCGAGGCUGACGACGAGGAGGGCUGGGACGAGUGCUCCUGACCAACCAGGGCCCCCACCGCUCAUCCGCUGCUGCUGUUUGCGGCACUGUACGAGCUGCCGCUGAGCCAGCGAGCGCGUGCCGCGUCCAGGAGACAGAUCAGAGACGGGCUGAGCGUAGCAGCAUCAUGUGGGCAUCGUUCGUUUGUUCUUUUCCUCCCCUAAUUAACUAGUAUUUGAUUUGUAACAAGGGUCCAGCAAAUCUUGUGGUUAGGAGGGCCAAGAAAGAAGGCUGGUUAACAAAAGGCUACUGCUUGAUUUGAUUAUUUUUAGAGCAACUGGAGUGUUUGAUCCGAUUUGAUUA